AUGUUCCCGCUGCUCCUCCUGCUCCUGGCAACGGCCCACGGCCUGGACCGGCUCCCGUACAAACCGACCCUGGCCAACUCCUCCCUGGGGGGCCUGACGACCACCUCCACCUUCGUGCUGGAGCAGCCCCGCUGCGUCUUCACCGAGAUGCAAGACAACACCGUCAUCUGGCUGGUGGUGGCCGUCCGCACGGCCGUACGCAACUUCAACAACAGCGUGGGGCCGGGGACCCCCGAGAGGGCGUUCCAGAAGUUCCCCACCAGCACCCCUGCCUACAUGACCCUCAACACCACCCUCCUCAACUACCCCUGCCCCAAAUCCCCCGGGGAGUUCACGGUGCUGCGCGUCGGCAGCGAGACCGGCUGCACCACGGAUGAGACGAGACCCACCUGCAACGGCCCCCUGCCUGGACCCGGGCCAUACUGGGUGAAGUUCCUCGCCCUGAAGGACUCCAAGCCCGUUGCUGAGACAGCCUGGUCGGAGCCCAUCACCCUGAGGACAGCCCGGCAGCCCAGCAGCAUCCCCAUGAUGGGCAGUGGGCGCAGCGCCGGCAUGAUCGCCCUCACCUCCAUCCUCUCCAUCCUCUUUGCCAUCCUGCUGGCCGGCCUGGUGGCCAUGCUGGUCUUCUGCUCGGACAUCUGCGGCGGCAGCAGCACCUUCAGCAAGCCGGAGGCGGUGACGGUGCGGCGGUACAACACCCACCACGUCUACGACCAGCCGGCCGCCCGGCUCUGAGCCCCUGCCGCAGCCCCGCGCUGUCUCCCCGCCGCCCCCCCCGGCACCGCACCGCCUCCCCGCCUGCUCCCACGCCGGCCGUCGCCGGCCCACGCACCCUCAGGUGCCCUCGCCAUUGCACCGCCGGUGUCGAUGGCACAACGCCCACCGCCGCGGGGGCACGGCCAGAGCUGCCCCGUGGACCAGGGCCCCAGGGAGCCAUGAUGGAGCGGGAGA